AUGAGGCGACCUCAGGGAGGACAUGUAGCUCAAACGGUAGGAGCUCUCGCCGAGCUAGCUUCUAUCUUAGCAGGAAAAAUUACUUUUGUCUCCGGCACGAGGCGCCUGGAAUUAGGAAGUUGCAGCUCUUGGAGCAGCACAACAGCUGUGGCGGCUGCCGUGUCUCCUCGUUUGAAAGCUACCAUGGCGUCACUCAGGUGCCAAAAGAGCAGAAGUAGCAACGCUCUGAGGCUGCUUUUUGCCGCCUGCAUUGCAGUGCUUGGGUAUCUGUACAGCCCAGCCGAAGCUGGGCUGUACAGCAGCAGCAGCCCCGUUAAGGUUUUGAGCGCUUCGGAGUUUAAAACGCAAGUUGUUAAUUCCCAUGACCUCCAUCUUGUCGAGUUUUUCGCAGAAUGGUGUGGGCACUGCCAGAGGUUUGCGCCUGUUUACGAGCAAGUCUCAAAGGCCCUUAGAGGCGUAGCCUCUGUUGUCGCAGUGAGCGACGAAUCGGUCAUGCAGGAGUUCGGCGUUAAGGGAUUCCCUACGAUUAUGGUGGUUGUGGGUAGAGGUGGAAAAAAACCAAAGACGUUCAAGUUCGAAGGCAACAGAGACGCCAACACCUUGCUGGACUUUGUCAUUAUGCAUACUGGCAAACUCGCAAAAGCCAGACUUGCCGGUAAAAUCGAUCCUGGCAGCGGCAAGAGCAGCAACGACAGCGGCAGCGGUAGCAGCAGCAGCAAGCCCAAGAGCAGCGGUCCCUCAGACGUUAUUGAGCUGACGGACUCCAACUUCGAAAAGACAGUGAUGCAAGACAGGGAGAACGUGUGGUUUGUGGAGUUUUACGCGCCUUGGUGCGGCCACUGCAAGGCCCUCGCUCCCGUGUGGGAAGACGCUGCAACGCAGCUCAAGGGGAAGGUGAAAGUUGGCAAGAUCGAUGCUACUACCGAGACAGUCCUCGCUUCACGAUUUGGCAUUCGAGGUUUUCCGACGCUGAAGUUAUUCCCCGCCGGCCCUAAGUCGGACUCGCUCGUCAAAGACUAUGAGGGGCAGCGCACCGCCGAUGAUAUCGCAAAGUUUGCGAUGGAAUUCUAUGGGGCAAAUGCAUCGGCAGAACAGAUUUUGUCGGACUCUCAGUUUGUUUCGGACUGCAGCGAAACCCUGUGCAUCUUGGCCUUCCUCCCAGAUGUGCUAGAUUCGGGCGUACAGGGCCGACACGAGUAUCUUGAAAUUCUUAAUCAAGUCGUAAAGGCGUCAGUCACUGUGCCUGUCAAGUUCCUCUGGCUUCAAGGUGGUGAUAACUUCGACCUGGAGGAGCAGUUGCACUUGGCAUUCGGAUGGCCAGCAGUGGUCGCAGUUCACUUGGCCCGCGGGAAGUUUGCUGUCCACCGAGGCAAUUUUACCAGGGAAAGCAUCAAUUCCUUCCUGCAACAGCUGUUGGCCGGUCGCGCCCCUGUCUCCGAUUUGCCCAAGUUGAAAAAGCUCAAGGAUGCUAAAAAGUGGACUCCCUCCGAGGCGGUCAAGGAUGAGCUCUAA